GAAUGUCCUUCCAGCUGAGUGGAGCACAGCCCAGCCAAUCGGCUGCCUCCCUCUCCGCUUUGUCAUCAGGAUCUGAUUGAGGAAGGAUUUGCUUUCCUGCUCAGUAUUUGGAAGGCAGAUAAAAUGCCAGGUUUGGUUUGCCUCUAGGGAUAACCUUCCUCCCUUAUAAUGUGAAUGAACAGCAUCUCAGCUUGGGGGAUACGCAUACAAUUCACUAGCAGGCUCAAGAAAACCAGCGUAGGCCUAUUCGUCGUCUUCUUUUUUUUUUCAGUGGUUUUGGGUUAUUGUCAUCCCCCCUCCCCUCUCCUCUCCAUCCUUCUGUGCUUUUUUUUUCAGUUUUAUGUCAUUUUUUUUUCAUUUGGCAAGGGGUGCUUCUUGGAAUAUUAAACCUCCAUGUACGACAAUUUGUACCUGCAUGGAUUCGAAGACUCGGAGGCGGGUUCAGCAGACUCCUACACUAGCAGGCCGUCUGAUUCCGAUGUCUCUCUGGAAGAGGACCGGGAGGGAGUCGGGCAGGAGCGAGAGCAGCAGGCGGCACUGCAGUUGGAAAGGGCCAAGGCCAAGGCGGUAGCGUUCGCAGUGAAGACCAAUGUGAGUUACUGCGGCGCCCUGGACGAGGAUGUACCGGUAGCAGGCACUGGCAUUUCCUUCGAUGCCAAGGACUUUCUACACAUUAAAGAGAAGUACAACAAUGACUGGUGGAUAGGACGCCUGGUGAAGGAGGGCUGUGAGAUUGGAUUUAUACCAAGCCCCCUCAAACUGGAGAACAUCCGAAUCCAGCAGGAACAGAAAAGGGGGCGCUUCCACGGUAAGUCCAGUGGAAAUUCCUCUUCAAGUCUAGGAGAGAUGGUCUCUGGCACGUUCAGAGCUACACCCCCCUCCGCAGCAAAGCAGAAACAGAAAGUGACAGAGCACGUUCCUCCAUAUGACGUGGUUCCCUCCAUGAGGCCCGUGGUUCUGGUCGGCCCAUCAUUGAAAGGAUAUGAGGUGACAGACAUGAUGCAGAAAGCUCUCUUUGACUUCUUGAAGCACAGGUUUGAUGGAAGGAUAUCUAUCACAAGAGUCACUGCAGACAUUUCUCUCGCCAAGCGGUCUGUGCUCAAUAACCCCAGCAAGAGAGCCAUCAUUGAGCGCUCAAACACCAGGUCUAGUUUAGCUGAGGUGCAGAGUGAAAUAGAAAGAAUUUUCGAGUUGGCACGGUCGCUCCAGUUAGUAGUUCUGGAUGCUGAUACCAUAAACCACCCAGCACAGCUUAUCAAGACAUCUUUAGCACCUCUUAUCGUCCAUGUCAAAGUGUCAUCACCAAAGGUUCUGCAGAGAUUGAUAAAAUCCAGAGGGAAAUCCCAAAGCAAACAUCUGAAUGUCCAGUUGGUGGCCGCUGACAAGCUAGCACAGUGCCCUCCGGAAAUGUUUGAUAUCAUUUUGGAUGAGAACCAGCUGGAAGAUGCUUGUGAACACUUGGCCGAGUACCUGGAGGCCUAUUGGCGUGCCACGCAUGCCCCCAGUAGCACUCCCAUGAAUCCUCUGCUGGGACGGAACCUGGGCUCCACGGCGCUCUCCCCGUACCCUGCAGCUAUCUCUGGGUUACAGGGUCAAAGAAUGAGGCACAACAACCAUUCUGGAGACCACUCCCCAAUUGAGCGUCGGAGCCUGAUGACCUCGGACGAGAACUACCACAGCGAGAGGGCAAGAAAGAGCCGGAACCGCCUGUCGUCAGGCUCCCAGCACAGCCGGGACCACUACCCGCUGGUGGAAGAAGAGUACGACUACCAGGACACGUACAAACCACACCGCACCCGCGGCUCUCCUGGCGGCUACAGCCACGACUCAAGGCACAGGCUUUGAGUUUACAGGAAACCUGAUAGGCCUCUCCUCUCCACAACCCAGUACUGAAGAACUAAGACAGUCCUGUCCAAAUCAUGUGACUUUGCCAAGUGUAAUACCUCGUUUCCCUCUGACACUGGCUCAUCUAGACACGUGAUUGACCUGUGGACAAAUCCAAGAAUACCAGUUUCGGUUGAGUUACACAUGGGAGCCAGAAAUUUCUAUCCCUGGCUUUUGGGUGUCCUGGAAAUAAAAUUGUCUGUUGUGUUGUGUUGGCUUGUAACAAAAGUCACAAAUGACAGUUCCAGGUUUGUUUUGCAGAGCUAAACGCUCUGGAAUUCCAUUGUAGCCAGCGCUCGGCUGGGGUUAAAAACAAGGCCAAACGGACCUGUGAUCCAACACAUUGAGCCAGUGCCAGUGUGAUGGAAAAGCUCCAACACAGAUGCAAAACGGGGUAUAACACAAUCUUAACAUCCUUAAUUGAUUUAAAGUUCUCUUCAAUUGAAGUUUAGUAUUCUCUGUAAUCUGUAAGGCAAAGCUUGCCAAACCUUUGAAUGAACUGUAAGGGGUUUUGACCCUUCCCUUUUCCCCCCACCCCUAUACUUUCUACUAUUGAAUAUAUCAGUGCCAUUUGGCAUGUUACUAUUAUCGGGCUUUAGAAACACUGUUUGUUCCCACAGGAAAACGGAACACAGCCUGCCAUCUACAGUAAUCCAAGUGCCAAGCACUUGAACCAGCAUAUGCUUUGUUUUGUUACAGCCAGCUGGUGGACAGUGCUAUGUCCCAAGCAAAACCCAAUGCGUCCAGACCUUCACCUUCUAUAAUACGUUAAAUAGGAGGAUUAACAUACAAGCUGUUGGACAGCCCUUCUGUAUGAUGUAGAAUUUUUAUUUAGAUCGAUUCAAUUUCGUUGGACGGAUUUGGAUGGAAACAGUAGUCACUAAAAGUUGAAGGUGGAUCCAGAGUUGACGUUGGAGGUGCGGUGCUGACGUGUAACGCCAUGAUUCAUGCCUCCCUGUGGAUUGAUGUCAUUUGCAUCGCAUUCUUUCUCUUCGUAGCUGCCAAGUGUCCUGCGCUGCAGUGCAGGUUUGUUUUUUAUGAAUGAAAACCCGGUUUGACUAGACUGGAGGAAGUUGUUGCUUGCCUCAAGGCUGCGGGGAAUUAACCUACAUAAAUAUUAGAAGGGGUGUUCAGUAUAGAUAGCAUGAAUUUGGGAAGAUGGGGAGAUCUUCCCGUAGAAUGUAGACUAGUUCAAACCACUAAGGCUAGAUUAGUUUUUGGUCUCUGUUCACAUUGAUGCCAACAAACUUUGGACUUUGUACAGUAUGCCGUUUCUGCUUGCCUGCUGUAAGGGUUCAGGGGAAACAGGUCGUGACCCCAGCGUGCACCCUAGGCUCCGAGGAGCCACAUAGAGUACAGUACACUUAGGCUGUGAUGUCAGUCCUUUCCUAUGGUUGAUGCUGCUUAUUGUCUGUAAGACCUAAAAGCAAGGGUGUGAACAUUUCCUGCUUUAACCCUCAGAUGGUCAACCUUAUUGUAAAAAUGAAUUGGCCAGUACAGUAGAGGAUAUUGGGAGUCUGUAGGUUGAUGUCCAAGAGUUAAAGGGUUAACAAACACUCCUUGACUUCAUUGUUGCUGCCUCCUGUGCAUAUGGUGCUGUUGUACAUUUCUACUCAAACACAAUUCUUUUUUGUAUUUUAUAGUCGCAUUCCCUGGGUCAUUAAUCAGUUGCGAGAUUACUCCCUACUUGCCUGCCUCCUGGCCUGUUUUCUAAGGCCAUAUCAUUUGAAGGCCAUGUUGCAGCGUGUUUUUCUGUUUGUUUCUCAGUUUCCACAAUGGUGGAUAAUGAAGAUGCAGGGGCACGGGAACUAGGGGUGCCGGGGGUGCAGCACCUCCUGGCUUGAAGUACAGGGGUGCUGUGCACCUGCUGGUGUAAUGAUAAAUCCUGCUAGUUUCAUUAAUCUUAUAUGCUGUGUGUGCAGUGCACUGUGCCCUCCUGGAUUGCUUUUGAACACGAGAGUCGGUUAAUAGUUGGAACCCAUGAGAAGCCUGUACACAGUAGAACAGUGAUUGAAAAUGUCCCAGAAAAAGAAUAUCGCCUUUGUAAAUUCUCAGUGGCACCUCCUGCUAAAAUCAACUCGUCACAAACGCAGCUAACCGUGGGGUUGCUGCUUUGUGGAGCAAUACUCAAAAGACACGACACAGUGAGAUUCUGACUGUCGUUGUCUAUGACUACUGUAAAUAAAAUACAGCUGCUCCACCUGUUUUUACAAGUAAACAUUUCUAAAUUGCAGAAUUUAAGUGCAUCAUAACAGUAUACUCUGCUUCUUUGUUUGCUCUGAAAGUUUUACGGUAAGCAUGUUGUAAGCAUUGUAGCAAGGACUGUGGUUUAAAGCAUUUUUUACUUCAGUAGAUAAAAAGGUGUUGGUGUCGAUGCUGCUUCGUUUUACUACCAUGUUUAACAUGACAGCAACCCAAUGCGUGGCUUCCAUCUUAUGCAGGGGUUACUGUUUUAUUUCAAACAGGCUUUCAGCAUUCCCACUAUAAAAAUGGACGGCAGAUGUGUGUGAAUGCAGUGUUUUAAAAGCCAGGAAGUGUUUGAAAAAGCUUUAAAGGUGGCAAGGGACAUCCAUUGCUUGAAAUUGGCCAACGCAUGAAGCAAAGCAUUCAGUCAACACUAUCUCAAGUCGAAUUGAUGUGCAUCGCUGUAUUGCAGCAGUGUUUGUGUUUCCUGUUCUGACAGAACCCCUUUCUUUAUCACAGUUUCCUUUACAGUUGUCUUUUUUUUUGUGUCUCUUUUUGAAAAGCCUUGUUGAAAAGUCUUCCAUGUCAUGUCAAGAGAAAUAGUCUGUAGACAGAACAGCAGCAACCCAAACCUGAAUGAUAUCACUUCCCUCCCCUGUAAUAGGCUAAUGUGACUACUUGUCAGCUUUACUAUUGUAAGUGUCUGUUGAAAUGCAUUUAAAAGGUGAUGUUAGAGAUACAGGCUUUUAAUUAAGGUAAAACAAUUGAUGUAUGCAGAGUUGCCCAAAUUGCUGGAUUUACCCACCUGCUCCUAGUCUUAUCUAACCUUUAUUCUUUAUCUGCAUACUGUACAGUAUUGAUCCCAGGCCAAAGGAAUUCAACUGUGGUGAAAUAAUUCUCCAAUACAAUUUAGCGCAGGUGAAGUAACUUCACUCUUAGUUUCUUGAGCUUGUGUUAAAGCCACAUUAGAUGAGCCUGUAUUAUUAAUUGCGCUGUCAAUGCUUUUUAGACUUGCUUUUUCUCUGCUUUUGCUUGUUAUUUGCAAUCUUUUCUUGCCAGCUUCUAAUUACAGCUGCCAAAACUGAACGACCAAUGCAGAAAGAUGCUGCCUUAAUCUAUGUGCAACUUGACUGGAAUGUAUUUGGACACCUGGUUUGUCUGGCUGCAGGAGGAUUGGUAUUGUUGACUGAGGGGUUUAACACCCUGUGUAUCUUUGCAUGUAUUUUGGUACAACAUAUUUCUUGCGCAACGUUACGUGAAGUUAUAAACUGCUUGAUUAAGUACUUUGGGUUUAAUUAUUUAAGGGGAUGAAACAUCUAGUAUCCAGAAUAAUAACCAAGGGAUAGGAAGGUGAAAGGACGGCAACGAUGCGUAUUCAAAACCAGGAGGAGCACCCUGUGUUUUGCUUAAAUUGCCAGACCACCAUGCCUUCAAGAAAAAAAUGCAUUUUAGGAAUAGCUUCAUUAAUAUGCCACAGUAAGCAUGUUUUGCAAGGUUCUGAAGGGAGGUUUAAAGUUACCAGUGUCCCUUAAUUUCUAGAUGCUUGUUUCCUGACCUGGGAUGGAAGUACAGUUUGUAGUGUUUAUCACAAAUCAUAUUCAUGUGACAAUCAGAGGCAGCUCAGCAACAUAUAUCCAUUGUGAAUGACGCCCAAGGAACACUCCAGAAUGAUCCAGUAUGGAAUAUUAACAGGUCUGUUAUUGCAAGAGGAUUAUAGCAGCUCUGUUUUAAAUAUACAAGACCUGUUUCUUUACAUUUUGGGUAUCUGAUAACACAUGUGCAGAAUGAGACAUGUUUGAUCCACACUGUUUCUUACUGAGAUUGUCAUAAUAAUCGCCUGUGUACAGAAGGUGGGUAAGAUGUGAUAUGCUUCUUCAAUCGAAAUAUUUUUGGAUGCAGUGAUUUGCACUGCAAACGCCUUGUUAGAGCAGUAUGGUUUUGUGUCAGCAAGCUUGCAGUAAAUCCUUUAGAUGUUCUUUUUAAACUGUUUUAGAUUUUGCUUUUUAAACUGUUUGGCAUAACUGAAGUAGCAAUGUUUGUCACUUACCUGUAUGCCUUCUAUUUUAAAACCAUGCACACUGCUACCAAACCCUUGCAUUCAUCGCCUGCACACAUGAUUAUUUUGGGGCUGCUAUAAAAUAUACAGUGUAAUUUCCCUUGUAAUACAAUGAUAAAUGUUAUUUUUAUUUAUUUAUUUAUUUUUCUUCACCAAACAAUUCUGAAAUGUGGAUAAAGAGCACAUUCUGGAGUAUGGAUUGCACAAUGGCGACAGCACAAAGAUAGAAUAGAGAGUAGUUUGCCUGGGUUGAUUUUGGUAACAAAUAAAUAUUUAUAGAAAUGGAAAUAAGCUGUGUGUGUCCAUUAGACAUUAGAUCAACGCGUAAUAUUUCUCUAGUCAAGCUCAAGGCAUUUCUCUUGAAAUGCGUAUUUUCUGUAAGCCUUAACUCUGAUUUACAUCUGCAUGAUGAAUAGAAAUACACGUAUAUAUAUACAUAUAUAUCAAUUUAAAUUAUUGCACCCCCCUUUCCUAUCUUAAGUGUGCCGGUGCUAUAUGUUUGAAGCAGGUAGUUUCUAAAGGAAAUCACUUGCUUAUGUUUGAAAGUCCUGCUGUGAGGUGGUGCUGCAUCCACUUGGUAAGGAAACGUUUGCAGACUUGUUAUUAUCUGAUAUAGAUAGAUUAUUUUUGUUUUUGGUUUAUUGUUUUUUGUAGUGGUCAAAGCUUUUCACUGGGUGCGUAUUUAAAUUGCCACUGACCGUUCAAUAAUUCCUGCUUGAAUUUUUUGACAUCGGUUCAUGUUGUGUAUAUCAGAGCUAAUGCUCCCAGCACUGCAUUGUUGCCAGCUGAUUAUUGCUGACCUGGAUGCUACUCCAUUUGCCUAAUGAUGCUUGGCACCAGGGACUGAGCUAAAAGCUAAUACAGAUUUUGCUUUUGCAAACCUAAACAAAACAUAUAUUAUUAAAUGAUUGACUGUUCUACAUCCAGUGUGUAUACUUACAACGGAAUCAGACAUGCAGCAGUUUAUAACUGCACCAUGGUGUAAUUCACCUUGUUAAUCCCCUUAUUUUGAUUUAGACUACACUUGUGCAAGACAGCUAUAUCCAAUGGGUAACACAAUGUACCUGUUGCAAUGUGUCCAUAGAUAAUUGUUUUACACAUUCUUGGGUACAAGUUAUCAAGGAUGAAAGGUUUUGGGACUCUAAUGGUUGUGUGUGUUAAGUACUAUAUAGUGUAUGGCUCUGUCUCUCUGAAUGCCAGAAUGGUAGAAGUGAGUGUGAACCUGGCAUCUGGCCCAGUUUCACUCGGUAGAAUGUUUUCUUUACUUUUGUCUUACUCUUUAACACACACAAAAAAACCCCAAAACAAGUUGGACCCCGUAAUUCAGGUAUUGCUUAGAGUUACGAAAAGAACCGAAUUGGACAAGGCUCCCCUUCGGGACAAAAGUUAUUUGGCUUUUCUGAGACUGUUUCCAUCUGGGAGAGGAUUGCUCUGAUGCUUGGUGGUCUCAGCUCUUAAGAGGGGAGUUGGUGGGUUGAGUACAAGUAACCAGAGUCUGCAUGUGGUGCACUGUUUGUUCAGGCCCAGUCCUUGGCUUAACCAGGCCACUGCAAAAAAAAAAAAAAAAAAAACAACAAAAAAAAAAAAAAACAAGUGACUGUUUACAUACUACUAAUAUAUUUUCUUUCUUUCUUUACUUGCAGCACUUGCAUUGCAUUACCAGCUCUCGAAAGGUUAAUGAAUCAGGCAA